CAAGAGGUUGGAAUGGAAGGUCCUCUGGUUGAUGCAGAGGGAUUCCCUCGCGCAGAUGUUAAUGUGUACCAGAUCAGAACAGCAAGGCACAGUAUUUCUUGUAAGAGAGCUUGUAGCACUGCUGUGCAAUAUAACAUGUUUUAACUGACACAUUACUUGACAACAGUCAGACAAACUAUUUACAGUGUAGUGUGUAAGCGGUUCCCUUGUUCAUGUGUGCUACUGCCUACUGGAUUUUUUUCUGCUAACUAUGGCCACCUUGUCAAUGUGGCAGGUCUACAGAAUGAUCACAAAGCCAUUAUGGUGGAAAUCGAAGAGGCCCUGCACAGGCUUCAUGCUCUAGAGAAGGCGAAGCGUGAGCAGGACCAGGCAGAAUCCCAGACUGAGUCCAUGGAGCAGGAGGUCACCCUGCCCUCUCCCUUCGCCCGUGUGGAUGCUGUCUCACAAGGCUCCCCUGCCUGUCAGGCUGUGAGUGUUUAAGGUUUCUAGAUUUACCUAACACAUAUAUAGAAUGUGUUUACCCAAAGACAUUGUUAUUUACUUAGUGUGUUUGUUUGGGGUUAUUUAAGAGUGGUUUUGUUUUCAGUUGUGAUAAGUUGAUGUUUUUCCUCAUAGGGCUUGAGAGUUAGUGAUGAAAUCAUAGCAUUUGGAUCCAUCAACACAGGGAACUUCCAGAACCUGCAGAAUAUUGCCUCGGUGGUUCAGCAUAGUGAAGGGGUAUGUUACUCUGUGAUCAGAAUAAUCAUGUUAUAACCACUUGUAUUUAAUUGUUCAUAUGCCAAAUGACCUCAUCAUUGGGGGGGGGGGGUAACAUGUGCCAUUAUGACAGCAAUAUGAAAUGCAGUCACUACAGUGAUAACUUACCAGGCAUGAAAUGUUGUAUUUUCUGUUCCUUAGAAACCAUUAAGCGUUACAGUGAUUCGAAAUGGCCAGAAGACCCAAAUGGGCCUUACCCCACAGCGGUGGUCAGGCAGAGGUUUACUGGGGUGAGUGUCCUACCUAUUGAGCUGGAGAUUAGACUGAUUACUAUUUGAUCUAACUUUACUGUGGUUCACAUUUAAAAUACAUGCCAUGCCAAGAUGCAUAUCAUAUACAGUGUCUUUUUUUAAAGUAUUCAUACAACUUGACUUUUUCCACAUGUUGCUGUGUUACAGCCUGAAUUUAAAAUUGAUUAUUGUGAUUUUGUGUCACUGGCUUACACACAAUACCCCAUAAUGUCAAAGUGGAAUUGUGUUUUUAGAUUAUUUUUUUGAAAUUCAUUAAAUGAAAAGCUAAAAUGUCUUGAGUUAAUAAGUAUUCAACCCCUUUGUUAAGGCAAGCCUAAAUAAGUUCAGGAGUAAAAAUGGGCUUAACAUGUCACAUAAUAAGUUGCAUGGACUCCCUCUGUAUGCAAUAAUAGUGUUUAACAUGAUUUCAGAAUGACUACCUUUCUCUGUACCCCACACAUACAAUUAUCUGAAUUUCAAACACAGAUUAAGCAACAGAGACCAUGGAAGUUUCCCAGUGCCUUGCAAAGAAGGGCACCUAUUGGCAGUGGUGGAAAAAGUACCCAACUGUCAUACUUGAGUAAAGGUAAAGAUACCUUAAUAGAAAAUGACUCAAGUAAAAUUAAAAUUCACCCAGUAAAAUUCUAAUUGAGUAAAAGUUUAAAAGAAUUUGGUUUAAAAUAUACUUGAGUAUCAAAAGUAAAAGUAUAAAUCAUUUCAAAUUCCUUAUAUUAAGCAAACCAGAUGGGACCAUGUUCUUGUUUUUUAAAUAACGGAAAGCCAGGGGCACACUCCAACAUUCAGACAUAAUUUACAAACGAAGCAUGUGUGUGUAGUGAGUCCACCAGAUCAGAGGCAGUAGGGAUGACCAGGGAUGUUCGGUUGAUAAGUGUGUGAAUUUGACUAUUUUCCUGUCCUGCUAAGCAUUCAAAAUGUAAUGAGUACUUUUGGGUGUCAAGGAAAAUGUAUGGAGUAAAAAGUACCAUAUUUACUUAAGGAAUGUAGUAAAGUAAAAGGAGUCAUAGUAAAGUACAGAUACCAACAACAAAAAAACAUAAGUAAUACUUUGAAGUAUUUUUACUUAAGUACUUUAAACCACUGCCUAAAAAAAAAAACAUACAUUGAAUAUCCCUUUGAGCAUGGUGAUGUUAUUAAUUACACUUUGGAUGGUGUAUCAAUACACGCAGUCCCUACAAAGAUACAGGAAUCCUUUCUAACUCAGUUGCCAGAGAGGAAGGAAACCGCUUAGGGAUUUCAUCAUUAGGCCAUUGGUGACUUUAAAACAGUUGCAGAGUUUAAUGGCUCUAAUAGGAGAACUGAGGAUGGAUCAACAACAUUGUAGUUACUGCACAAUACUAACCUAAAUGACAGAGUGAAAAGAAGCAAUAAUGUACAGAAUAAAAAUAUUCCAAAACAUGUAUCCUGUUUGCAUUAAGGUACUCAAAUGAAACUGCAAGAUUGGCAAAUAUAUGAACUUUAUGUCCUGAAUACAAAGUGUGGAGUUUUGUUUUGAAAAUGGCUCUUUUUUUAUUUUUAAAAGAAUAAUGUGCAAAUAUUGUACAAUAUAUUAUCAUUAUGGGGUAUUGUGUGUAGAUGGGCGAGGAAAAAUUAUUUCAUCAAUUUUGAAUUCAGGCACAUGCAAAAGCAAAACAAACAUCAAUUAAAUUAAAAAUAUGAAUGACUACAUUUACAUUUUUUGUCAUUUAGCAGACGCUCUUAUCCAAAGCGACUUACAGUUAGUGAGUGCAUACAUUUUCAUACUGGCCCCCCGUGGGAAACGAACCCACAACCCUGGCGUUGCAAGCGCCAUGCUCUACCAACUGAGCUACAGGGGACUACAAAGUUCUGAGUACUUUAAGCCUCCAACACAUGGAGCGACAGUCUAUAGCACAAGGCUUGAGCAGAGGGAUGUGCAGGUGGCCAACAGGAGGACCUGAGCAGACAGAUCAGGUCGUCUGGGGGUAGGCAGGUAGCUCAAGGUGUCUCGCCGUCUGUGUCUUCUCCGUAGCGGUAGGACACUUGUAGAACGAGAUGUAGUUUGUAUUUUAGCUCCCCAGGCACUCACUCAGGAUACAGUCCACUCAUAACUUUGGAGGAAUACUCUUGAGCAAUUAAUUCCUCACUGCCACUUCGUUGUAGUCCCCCUCUUCGAUCAAGGAGACCAUAGAAACCGCCCAAUGUAGGCCGAUGUAUUAAAAUCAAAACCGCUAGCUAGCAUUGUUAGCUAAAUUAUAAUUAAUAAUUUAUUACAUUUCUAUAGUGCAUUUCAUAGAAUCUCAAACCGAUUCAAGAACAAAAAAACUACAAGCAAUAUUAUAUGACCGGUCAACUAAUAGAGGCAAAGUCUUUGAAAGCUGCAUCCUCCGAAGAUGGAGAGGGUCAGUUUAUGGCUUGAGCGGAGGGAGCUGGUCAGAGAAUGGUAGAUGAUGGUGAUUGAGUCUGCUGAAGAUCUUGUAGAGGGCAAGUCUGAGAACCAGCCUGACUCUUAUAUCCACUGGACUUCUCCUCUUCCACUCUGUGUAGCACCCACUUGGGUGAUGCCCCAGAAGCUCUGGGUACCAGAAAGCUCACCACACAGUUCAGAUUAGUAGCCAGUCGUCCUCAUUACGAGCCCUCUGCCUCAGCACUGCUGUAUUCCUCUAUCUCCCAUUCCUCUCACGCUUCAGGCGAAUGAGCUAGCUAUCUUGAAAAGCUGGUUUGCCAUUCAUUCUUGGGCAGGAUUUGAUUUGAUUUUAUCCAAACUAAAUCUAUACUAAUUUGGCUAUUCAAAAAUAAAGUAAAAUAAUUCAUACCACUUUUGUAAAACUAUAUAUAUACAGGAGCUCUCUGCAUAGGCUGCCAAUAGGGUGCCAUGACAACUGUAGAAGAUAAACUAUUGACUGCUUAUUAAUUGUUUUCCCAACAGAUGCAACAUUGUGCCCAUCCACAGAUGAUAAGGACCAUGUGACCAGCAAGAUCGUAAGGGGUCAACUUUACCACCAGCCUUACUCUGUUAUGCCACUGGAUGGCUAUGAGUAAAGGAAUUGUUUGAGCCCAUAAAUUAGAAGACUGACAUUUUCAAUUGAUUCAAUGUCAAUUUCAUGUUCUAAUAAAAAGCAUUAACAUAA